GAGCAUGUUACAGGCAUGAGGCAACUAACAUAACAGUGAGUAAACAGUAGUGUGGUGGUGAAUGAGGAAUCCACAGGUUGAAGCCCACAGAUUUGAAUUAUCCUCACACUUGUUCGUAGUUCCCUUCAGACACAUCGAUUUUUGUACUCACCGAAUCUUCGCCCUAUCACAUUCACAUUCACAUUCACAUUCAGCUUUAUCCGGAAUUUCCAUGGCGCGUGGAAGGAAGAAGCCGCAAAGGAACAACACAGCCACAGUGGACCCUGUUUCUGUCGACACUCAUCAAGAAACACAAUCUUUCGAUUUUCAUGCUCAGGGUGAGGUGCCCAGAGACACCAUUUUGGAGGAAAAGGUCGAUGGAGAAGCUCAAGUGAUCAACUUGGCUGAAAAUAAUGACCAUGAUGGGGCAAAAGGUUCUUCUUCAGUUCAAGAGGUCGUGAAAAAGAAGCGCGGGAGGAAGAGUAAAAAGGAUAAGGCCAUGGAGCAGAAGGGAAAGUUGGAAGAAGAAAACGGGGUUGUGAAGAGGGAACAAGAGGGUAAUGAAGACGAUAAUGGUGGGGUUUUGGAGGAGAGACCUUGCAGGAAAAGAAAGAUUCUCAAGGUAGAUGAUGGCGAGUUUAAAAUGGCUUUGGAUUAUUCAGGAAGUGGCAUUCGGAGAGAAUAUGGUCUUAGAGGCCGUAAAGUUGUUAGAGAGGAGAAACCAAAACUCCACACGCGGGAUCCUAAGCGGAUUCAAGAUAAGUCCUCAAUGUGCCAUCAAUGUCAGAGAAAUGAUAAAGGCGAUGUUGUGAGGUGCACAAGUUGUAAACGCAAAAGAUAUUGUCUUUUUUGUUUAAAGGCCUGGUAUCCUCAUUUGGAACCAGAUGACAUUGCUAAGGCAUGUCCUGUGUGCUGCGGAAAUUGCAAUUGCAAAGCAUGCUUGAGAUCUGAUGAACUUAUCAACGAAAUGAAGGAAAAGGCAAAAACCAAUAAAGAUGAGAAGGUUGAACUCUCCCUGUCCUUGCUGCAAACACUUCUUCCAUAUUUAAGGCAGUUGGAUGAAGAACAGAUUAUUGAGAAGGAGAUAGAAGCUAAGAUACAAGGGCUCUCACUCUCAGAGCUAAAUAUAGUAAAGGCAGAUUACUCUGACAAGGAGCGUUCGUACUGUGACAACUGCAAAACGUCAAUAUUUGAUUACCACAGAAGCUGUACAAAAUGCCCUUUUGACCUUUGUCUCAUCUGUUGCGGUGAGCUUCGUAGUGGGCAGCUUCUAGGUGGUGCAGAUCCAAUUGAGUUGGAAUUUGUCUGGCGAGGUCGUGAAUACUUGCAUGGUGAAAAAGAAAAUAAAAAUCAAAAACAAAUUGCAUCAAAUGCUGGUGCUAAGCCUGGGGUUCGCGAAUGGUCAAGAUCUGGUUGGCAUGCAGAAAGCAAUGGUAGCAUUCCUUGUCCAAAAGCCAAUGAUGAAUGUGACCAUGGUUUUCUUGAACUGAGAAGCAUAUUAGGUCAAGAUUAUAUUGCCGAGUUAGUAUGUAAAGCAGAAGAACUUGUACAAGCAUACAAGCUUCAAGAAGCAGUCCAAUCCUCUGACAUCUACUGUUCAUGUUUGAAGCUUGAUAGAAACACAAAUGUUAAAUGUGAUAAUAUGAGGAAGGCUGCUUUUCGUGGAGAUUCCACUGACAACUAUUUAUACUGUCCUAGGGCUGUAGAUUUACAGCAUGAAGAUUUAAGACAUUUUCAAUGGCAUUGGAAAAGAGGGGAGCCUGUCAUUGUCAGCAAUGUACUUGAAUGUACAUCUGGUUUAAGCUGGGAACCACUGGUCAUGUGGCGUGCAUUCCGUCAGAUAACUAAGACCAAACAUGAUCAACAUUUGGAUGUGAAGGCAAUUGAUUGCUUAGAUUGGUGUGAGGGAGAGAUUAAUAUCCACCAAUUUUUUACUGGGUAUACAAGUGGUCGUAAGGAUUGGCUUGAUUGGCCUCAGAUAUUGAAAUUAAAAGAUUGGCCUCCUUCUAAUCUAUUUGAGGAACGCUUACCUCGACAUUGUGCUGAGUUCAUAUCCUCCUUGCCCUACAAGGAAUAUACGGAUCCUCUCAAUGGUGCUCUUAACCUUACUGUGAAGUUGCCAGACACUUACCUAAAGCCAGACAUGGGGCCAAAGACGUAUAUUGCUUAUGGAUUUCCACAGGAGUUUGGGCGUGGGGAUUCUGUGACUAAGCUCCAUUGUGACAUGUCUGAUGCAGUAAAUGUUUUGACUCAUAUUGCUGAAGUGAAGUUGGAGUCUGAGCAAAUUACUGCCAUUGAAAAGUUGAAACAAAAGCACUUUGAGCAAGACCAACAUGAGCUACUUAGAGGUGAUCACAAUGGAGAAACUAAUGUUGAGAUGCUUAAUAAUUCAUCUCCUACCAUAAAUGCUUUGGACAAGCAAGAUAAUGUUCAAGUUACAGAACAUAAAAGUGGAUAUUGGGAUGUGAAAUUAGUUGAUCGGUUUCAUCAACCCUCUGAGAGUAGUAAUAAUGCAUUUUCAACCAUAAAUACUGUUGCUAAUGCGGAUGGUCUUUCAUGUGGGUCAAAGCUCAAAGAGGUUGACGAAGUGAAUAUAAAACAAGAAAAUUUGUUGGUUGGGAGGGAUGUUUCAGAAGGUGCUCUCUGGGAUAUUUUUCGGAGACAGGAUGUACCUAAAUUGCAAGAAUAUCUGAAGAAGCAUUUCAGAGAGUUUAGGCAUGUCCAUUGCUGUCCUUUAAAACAGGUUAUUCAUCCCAUCCAUGACCAGACCUUCUAUCUGACUAUGGAGCAUAAGAGGAAGCUUAAAAAGGAGUAUGGAAUUGAGCCUUGGACUUUCAUUCAAAAGCUUGGGGAUGCUGUUUUUAUUCCAGCGGGUUGUCCUCACCAGGUCAGAAAUCUGAAGUCAUGCAUUAAGGUUGCAUUGGAUUUUGUCUCUCCUGAAAAUAUUGGUGAGUGCUUCCAUUUGACUGAGGAGUUUCGCACACUUCCAAUAAAUCACAAGUCUAUUGAGGACAAACUUGAGGUGAAGAAAAUGACAGUAUAUGCCAUGCAAGAUGUGAUCAGAAAAUUGGAGACAGCAAGGUCUGGGGAAACUAAGGUUCCUGAGUAAAUAUAUCUGUAACAGUUUGAAGCCAAUUGGAAGUGUAAAUUGAGUCAGGUGGGAUGAUCCUUGGUCUAUAUACUGUGUCUGUAAGAUGUAAGAAUGAUUCCAUGGUUUGUUUUUGCUACCAAACCUCUAGAGUUUUUUGGAUCAUCAUAUAUGACUUGUAAUGGUGAACAUGUAAUCAUCACUAAUUGUAUACCUAAGUGCUGUUUGUUAGGCUGAAUUAUGUUUACUGGCGAACGCUGAUAUUAGCAUUGUACUUUUUGAACUUCUGACUGAAUGCAUAUAUGUUGCAUUAUGAUGCUGAUUUGAUG